AUGCCUGAUUUAACGCAAUACCAGUCUGUCUUCCGGAUCGCGAAGCCCAAUGCCCCUAGACGGUCGGGCCAAGCGGCCAAACGCAAGCAUCAAUCCAAUAACCUCCCAUGGCAAACUUCUGACGCUUCUGCUCCCGACCACAGUGGCAGUCUUGAUGACGGGGAUAAUAUCUCCAAGGCCCAGUCUCGGCUGCAGAAGCUCGAGGAAAUGGUGACGAUGUUGAUGCAGGUUAAUCAGAGCACAAACGGCCAGCGUGGCCAGGCCACGCCUCCAUCUGAGAGCAGCCAGCAAGCAACGUCGACGAGCGCACACCCCGACACAGCUACAGCACCCUCAGCGGCCGACACUUCUCUGAUGACGCCAGAUCCGCCACCGCAUGGUCAUCUCGAUAUCAGAGGUGCUGAAACCAAAUACCUUGGGGCUACUCAUUGGGCUGCAAUCUUAGAAAACAUCAAAGAUAUCCAGGAAUGUCUUGCCCCCGAACCAGAUGACACAGAGGACGGGGGCUUCUCAACCUACAGGGACGACCCUGAUAUCAUCCUCUCCAAUUUACAGCCAAUGACCUUGGCCGAGGUUUGCAAUUCUAUGCCUCCUAGACCGGUGGUGAACAAACUACUCUCGCUACAAUUCAAUGCGCGUUUUCUCCACAUUCCAUUCAUACACAAGCGGAAAUUCUUACGAGAGUAUGAAUCAUUCUGGAACAAUCCCUCAUCGGUUUCUUUCCUUUGGAUAUCGAUGCUGUUUUCGUGUAUCCAUCUAGGCUCUCGCAUGGCACGACCCGAGGAGAUAGGUUUCUUUGGCUCGCUAAGUGAAGCCUCGGAUCUAUUCUUGACGAACGCGGGUCGAGCCAUGGUAGCUGGACAUUAUCAGAAGGCGCGACCCUAUAGCGUCGAAGCUACGCUGCUUUAUGCUAUCGCCAGGUUCUUUGUACAGGGUGACUCUGAGACUGAGCCCUGGUUGCUAAUGGGCGUAGCAGCCCGCCUUGCCUUGAGGAUGGGAUACCACCGAGACCCGAGUCAUCUCGCUCACAUUUCGCCAUUCGAAGGAGAAAUGCGACGGAGAGUAUUCUCUGCCGCGCAGACCUUUGAACUGCUUCUUUCCUUCCAAGCGGGACUCCCAGCCAUCAUCCACGAGGAAGAUUGUGACACUAAGCCUCCCGGCAACCUGUUCGAUGAAGACUUUGAUGAAUCUUCCACGGCAAUUCCACCGUCGCGACCGCUCACAGACCCAACGCCGAUGCUUUACUACUGUUACAAAGGCCGCCUGGCGCAGGCGUUCAGAAAAGUGGCGCGGCAGGCUGUUUCACCAAGAGUUCCGGCCUAUGCGGAUGUCCUGAGACUCGAUGACGAGCUCCUUAAGAUUCGCGCUGAAAUACCGCCGAGCCUUGAAUGGAAGCCACUUAGUUCUUCCGUCACAGACGAGAUUCACACGAUAAUGCACCGGCUCAACCUGGAGCUGGUGUAUCAGAAGGCCAUGAUGAUCCUUCACAGGAGGUAUUUGAGUCAUGACAGGGUGAACCCUGCCUUUGAAUAUUCCCGAAAUGUCUGCGUCACUGCAAGCCUUCAAAUGUUGCAGUAUCAAGCUGAGUUUCACCAAGCAACCCAGCCCGGAGGUCAGUUGCAGAAUGGUCAAUGGACGACGUCGAAUCUCGCGCACCAUGAUUUUCUGCUUGCAGCUAUGGUCACUUGUCUUGAUUUGUACGAAUCUCACCGACAGUCUAAUACAAGUGCCCCGUCAGCCCUACACCUGGACGCCCAAAGGAUGAAAUACGACGCACUGAAAGGCUGCCAUGAAAUUUGGAAAUCACGAAAGUCAGUAUCGUCAGAUGCUAGGCGAGCAUCAAACAUUCUUGGAAUCAUGCUCUCAAAGAUCCCCAGGCCAGGCUCCCAAAAGCAGAAAGAAUCGAAUGGAAAUCACGUUGCACGCAACGACAUAGUUCAGCCGUUGUCGCAGGUAAGCUUGGACUGCGUGAGCACCUCAAGCACGAACGAAAGCAGACCAGGAGGCGAGCCCUUGCCUCCGAACGACCCGUCAACCCUCCUUUUCGACAGUGGACAUUCAGGACCCCAAGAUUCUGCGUCUCAGGAGUUCCUAGAUGUGAUCUUUAGCGAUUCAGACAUGGUUGACUGGGGCAUCCUUGAUCAGUACAUCCAGGAAGGCUCGUCACCGAUGAGGUUCUUCGAUUUCUGA